AGAAGGUCAUUGUAGUGUUUAAAAAAAAACAAAUACUCUUAGAUCCUGGAUUUUCCAAUACUGACAGAUUGUGAUUUACAGCUUAGUCACAAUGAGACGAAGCUCAUGUACUGCCGGAAGCAGUGGCCGGCAAUCUAUGAUGGCACUGAGAGUACAGGACAACAACAAGAUGGGUCUUCAAACACCUCAGAUGAAGGACAGAGGUAUGUUUGGGAAGCUGAGCAUGAGCAAACCUACACCUGGAACUUCGGACAGAAAAGUCAGCUUUUUUGGGAAGAGGACUAGUGGGGCUGGAGGAUCACGCAACAGUCAGUAUGGUGUGUUUGGUACAGAAAAGAUCAAGGACCCCAGGCCACUUCAUGACAAGGCAUUCAUCCAACAAUGCAUCAAGCAGCUUUGCGAGUUUCUUGCUGAGAAUGGUUAUGCCCAUAAUGUUUCCAUGAAAUCACUGCAGUCUCCAUCAGUUAAGGACUUUUUAAAAAUCUUCACUUUUAUCUAUGGAUUUCUCUGCCCUUCUUAUGAACUGCCUGACUCAAAAUUUGAAGAGGAAAUUCCCAGAGUUUUUAAAGAGCUUGGGUACCCCUUUCCUUUGUCAAAAAGCUCCAUGUACACAGUGGGAGCGCCACACACAUGGCCUCAGAUCGUGACAGCUUUGGUUUGGUUAAUUGAUUGUGUUAAGUUGUAUGCUGCCAUGAGGGAAAAUGCACCAUCAUUUGAUGAUGGACAGAGCUGGGGAGGCGAGACAGAUGAUGGAAUUGUACAUAAUAAGCUUUUCAUGGACUACUCUGUGAAGUGCUAUGAGCUCUUCAUGAAAGGGAGAGAUACUUUUGAAGAACUGGAUGCGGAAGUGCAGUCAAAAUUAAAGGACUUGUUUAAUAUAGAUGAAUACCAGAUAGAAGUUUUAGCAGCUGACAACAAAAGACUUCAUGAAGAGAUUGCAAGACUAGAAAAAGAAAAGGAAAGUGAGCCGGAUCGUAGAGUAUCACUACGAAACCUGAAAUCAUCUCUUCAAGCAGAUGUCCAGAAAUACCAGGCUUAUUUGGCUAAUCUGGAAUCUCAUAUAGCCAUCCUUGAUCAAAAAAUGGAAGGUGUUAAUGAGGAAGUUCGGACAGCGGAAAUGGAAGUAGAAACAAUGAAGCAGGAGAAUGCCCGUCUCCAGCACAUCUUUGAUAACCAAAAGUACUCAGUUGCGGACAUUGAGAGAAUAAAUCAUGAGAGAAAUGAGUUGCAGCAAACCAUUAACAAGUUGACUAAGGAAGUGGAAGCAGAAGAACAUCAGCUGUGGAAUGAAGAGCUAAAAUACGCGAGGAAUAAAGAGGCGAUUGAAAUACAACUGGCAGAGUAUCAUAAACUGGCUCGAAAGCUGAAAUUAAUUCCAGUAAGUGCUGAGAAUUCCAAAGGCCACGACUUUGAGAUUCAGUUUAAUCCUGAGACAGGACCAAAUUGCCUAGUCAAAUACAGAACUCAGAUCAAGGCUCCUCUCAUGGAGAUCAUAAACCAGACUGAGGAAGAAAUUAGGAAAGCUACUCAAAGGAAAAUGACUUUGGAAGAUACUCUGGAACAGCUGAACGUAAUGGUAGUGGAUAAGAAAAGCAGUGUGAAAACGCUGAAAGAAGAAGCUGAAAAGUUGGAUGAUCUUUACCAUCAGAAGCUUAAGGAGGCAGAAGAGGAAGAGCAAAAAUGUGCAAAUGAGUUGGAAUUGUUAGAGAAGCAUAAACAAUUACUUGAGAGUGGUGUCAAUGAAGGUCUCAGUGAAGCCACAAAUGAACUGCAUGAUGUUCAACGGCAAUAUCAAGUUGUUAUGCAAACAACAACAGAAGGGAGCAGGAAAGCUGGUGAUAACUUGAAUCGUCUUUUAGAAGUGAUUGCUACUCAUGUAGUAUCUAUAGAGAAAUAUCUUGAUGAGCAGAAUGUGAAGAUUGACAGAGACUAUGAAGAAUUCAUGUCUGAAGAUCUAUUGUCAACCUUGACCGAAAUUCGGGACAGUUAUAAAAAAAAGGCUGAAAGUUUGUAAUUACCAAAUAGGUGGAGAUGAAAAUUUUGUGUUUCUGAAGAUCUGGUAUGAUGCCUUCUAAAAGGAUAGGAACUUCCUGUGUUUAGAACUGAUUUUAAGUGCAAGGAAAUGUUUACGACCUUCAUUUUAUUGACACAUUAAAGAAUUAAACAAUAUAUUUUCAUUUUCUUAAAAAGCUUUUGCUUACACUUACUCCUUGCAAUGUAUUAUACAUGAUUACAAACAUCUCUGACAAGACAACUGUGGAACAACUUAAUUUCAUUUUUUUUCUUUAUAAUCCCAUCAUUUGUGCUCUUCUAGAAACAUAAGAAAGAUAAGAGUACAGUUAACUUCUUAAAAUAAGAAGCCAGAAUGGAAUUAAAGAUGGAACUGUGGUGGCAGCACAAAUGCAGAGGGUACUGACAACUUGAAAUACUGCUACUUAAAAAUAACUAGUGUUUUCUGUAAACAUGUAAAAUUGCUGGGAGAAGUUAUGCUUUCCCUUCUGGAGUAUAGUUUGUGCAUUUCGUGAUGUAUGUAUAUAUAUAUAUUUAGGACACAUACAUAAUAGUGCACAUCCUUAAGCCUGCCUUUUAGUAGCAAGACCAAACAUAAAUGUCCUUCAGUCUGCUGCUUGUUCAGUUAUCUAUGAAACUGCCCACAGACCCCUCUUACAUGAGUAAAUUUUUAUUUUUUAACAAAAACCUCUUGGAAAAGAUCAGUAGUAGUUAUAUGGAGGUCUUGUAAAUAGUGUAGAGAAAGAUAGACAAAGUUCUGUCUUAACUGCUCAUAGUCCCAGAUGAAACCUCACUUCCUGCUUAAAUAUGUAUAACAGAGAUAGCUCUAAGUAGGACAGUACAGGAAUUCGGGCAAUAUAGUUGAUCAGUUAUAGAUUUGGCUAAUGUUGGAUACAUCAAAAUGGUCUGAAAUGAGUCUGCUUUCUUCCUGUUAGAUGAGGAAGACAAAUUCUAUUUGAUUUUUCUUCCUCAGGAAAGUUGUGGUAAAAUUAGUGUAUAGGGAGCUCCAGUCCAAAUACGUUGAAAAUGUAACCCCAUCUCUUGAGCAUGUACUACUUUGUUCAGUGCUAUGUGGAAGUACUAUCUUAUCUACUCUGUAUAUACCUUUGUCUUAAAAAAAA